AUGCCUUGUGACGGGAAAAAUAAAUCUUGCCAGCAGAGGCGAGAACUGCUUCAUCAACUGAAAUGUCUCAUCACGACGAUGGAACGAAAAAAGCCGUGCGAAUGGGACGAGGAACCAUGUGGUGGUGGUAACAGCAGUAGCUGUAAAUCUGUGGUGACCUGCUCGCCGCUGAUUUGCAAGAUUCCUUGCCCUCCAGCUUGUCUGCCACCGUGUCCUCCACCGUGUCCUCCACCGUGUCCUCCACCGUGUCCAUCACUUUGUCCAUCACUUUGUCCACCACUUUGUCCACCACUUUGUCCACCACUUUGUCCACCACUUUGUCCACCACUUUGUCCACCACCUUGUCCACCACCUUGUCCACCACCUUGUCCACCACCUUGUCCACCACCUUGUCCACCACCUUGUCCGCCACCUUGUCCGCCACCUUGUACACAAUUGAUCUGUACGCCACCUUGCAAGCCGAUGUUCCAGUCACCCUGUCCGCCGCCCUGUCCACCUCCUUACAGAAUCCUGUGCCCGACUUCGUGCCCACCUCCGUCAUGUCCAAUACCGUGCCCUCCACCGGCUAAAAUAAUCUGUCAAUUAUCGUGCAAACCUUCUUGCCCAGCGCCUUGUCCGCCAUCUUGCCCGCCACCCUGCAAGCCCUGUACUCUCAUCUGCACAGAUCCGUGUAAUCCGUGUGCUCCGCCAUGCAAAAUAGUUUGUCCAGUGCCUUGCAAGCUCUGCUCAUCACCUUGUCCACCACCUUGUCCACCACCUUGUCCACCACCUUGUCCACCACCUUGUCCACCACGUUGCAUACCACGUUGUCCACCACGUUGUCCACCACGUUGUCCACCACGUUGUCCACCACGUUGUCCACCACGUUGUCCACCACCUUGUCCACCGUCUUGCACAAUUGUCUGUCCAGAUCCGUGCAAUCCGUGCGGACCUCCCUGUAAAGUCGUCUUGAAGUCACCUUGUCCACCAGCUUGCCCGCCCUCUUGCAAGAUCGUCUGCCCCGAUCCCUGCAACCCCUGUCCACCGCCCAAGUGUCAGCCCAGGCCGUGCUUGACUGCCUGCCCUGAGCCCAAAAUGGUCUGCUGCGCGCCACUGAAGCCGUGCAAAAGCUUUGAACUUCGGUCCAGUCUCAUGCACAAAUGCCAGUGCAUACAGAGGAACGGGCUUCAGGACAGAUGCUUGAUGUCGGACUGCAUGGGUUAUCCAGAGUGCAUGACCAAGUUGUUCCCAAUUUGCGAUCCCGGACAGUGCGCACUUAUGAAGCUGUGUUAUUUGGGCGGCUCGUGA